AUGCCGAAAGUUGUUUCUCGCAGCAUUGUGUGCUCCGAUACAAAGGAUCAGGAGGAGUACAGUGAGGAGAAGCCGCUUAACAUAUACUACUGCCUAUGCAAUAAAAUGGCGCUGAUUUUGGAUUGCACCCUGGAUCAGUUGCCGUUGCGAGAAUUGGACAAUGCCCGAGUAAUAAAUGCCAACGAGCACGCCAACAAGCUGACCUACAAUCCAAAACCAAAAGUACUCUACAUUCGCCGCAAGGGCAGGGGCAACGCGAUAGAGAAACAGUUCCGUUAUAAGUGCCGCAGCUGCGAUCUUCCACUUUACUACCGACACAAUCCGGACUCCCAUGUCACCUUCGUGAUGUUCAAUGCUCUGGUUAACGCCAAGAACGAUCAGCCGCUGGCUCAGCUGCUGGGCGCAGAGGCAAGAAACAAAGCCAAGCUGGCGUCUGCUGCCUCAGCGCCGGCUGUCGGAGGUGAGGAUUCCGGUAUAGUCGAUGCCAGUGGAAAGAAAGUCAUGGUCACGCGGCACACAAAGAAUAUGGGCAAAUUCAGCUCCGUGACAGUGUCCACCAUAGACGAAGAGGAAGACGAAAUUGAAGCGCGCGAGAUUGCCGAUAGCUAUGCCAAUAAUGCGCGCAUCAUUGAGAAGCAGUUGCAACGCAAAGGAGGAAAACUCAGCGACGUGGGCGUCAGAGGAAAGACGGAGGACGCGCCUCCACCUCAGAAAAAACAGCGGGGCACUCUGCUGGAGAGAUAGCUCUAUGUAUUUGUAUAGAAUAUCUCUUAUCAUGCAUAUGUAUUAUGUGCUGAUGCUGAUAAAGAGGACCCUUUAUAAAUAAAACGGCGAGAACUAAUUAAU